CAACUCCAGAAAUAAUUUUCAAAUAAACUGCGCAAUGGGCUGGUGGUGGUCAUCAUCUCCUCAAAAAGACGAGUCGUCGUCUCCGGCUGCCUCUCCGGGCCUCGACGCAGCGCAAGCGCGAACCUUAACGCGAGACGAGGACGAACUCAAGAAAUUGUUCGCUGCAUUCGAGAGCAGCAAUGCCAACGAUAACAAUGCGACAAGUUCAAAAUCAUUAGAUCCCUCAUCCUCGACACCCAUUAUCGAUUCCUCCGCAGACCAGCAACUACAACCCUCCUCAAUUGCCCCCGAAUCUCUCUACCAAGAUACCAUGUCCUGCCGCUCCGCAUUCGACUACGCCUUCUUCUGCCAGUCCUUCGGCGGCCAAUUCGUCAAUGUCUACCGCUACGGUGAACUGCGCUCAUGCAGCGAGCACUGGGAUAACUUUUGGCUCUGUAUGCAGACCCGGUCAUGGGGAGAGAAUGAGAGGAGAAAGGCGAUCCGGGACCAUAAUCGCAAGAAGGCGAUCAAGUAUAAGACCGGACCAAGUAGUGAGGACGUGUGGGAUAUGAGAACGCAGCCGGUACAGAAUGUGUUCCAGGGGGAUUUUGCUGCGCUGGAGAAGGAGAUGCAGGCUGAGGAGGAGGCGGGUGGUGCUGGGGCGCGUGUUUAAUUGAGUUCGAUGGUUGGUUUUAUUAUGAUGAUAUACCUGUGGAAGACUGAUAACUGUACAAUAGACUGUUUCUACUCUUGAAUGAGCCUAUGGCAUUCGCCUCUGUUUAACUAGAAUGAGAUUCUCCCCAUUAUACAAAGCAGACAUUCCCUUUACCUUUAUUGUUGUUGUCCUGUUCUCACUGAUUGCCAAUGCUCUUUUUCUUCCUUUGACCUAUUCACCAUCUUUAACAACAGAAUAUGAAGACCCUUGUUUGGAUCACAAUUGCAAUAUAAAGACACUAUGGAAUGAAGCUACCAGCAUCAGAUACAUGGC